AUGGCGUGGCGAUCUGGGUCAUCGCUAUCAAGGUCUCUAAUCUCAACAGCAAGAGCUUCAACAAUCCGGUCAUCUCCAUCAAUCUCGUCCCUUCCUCGCUCUCCGCUUCAUAAUCUCCGGACCAGCUCGCGCCGUUCCCUCUUCUCCCUCCCAGUGAAUGUGAGCCAAUUAGCCUGCGCGCAAUCGCUGAUGCCAUUGCACAGCGCACUAGCCUCGGCCCGGCUCACAAGCCACAUUUCCGUCGAAGCGCGCCAUUGUUGCGAGCUGUCUCAGGGUACCUCCAUUGAUCCCUCGUAG